AAGACUAAUUUGAAUUUAGUACCGUAAAAACGAGGAUACUGAUACCUACAAGUUUCCAUUCCUUUUAGUCAUUGCUUUCUCAUUAAUUUUGUUUUUUUAUCUUAUAAAGGUCUUUGUUCGAAAUGUAAAUACAUUAUCUAAUUCCACAUGGAUCAAUAUUACUAAUUGAUAGCUACUAUUUUUCACCUGUCAGCUCUCGGGUACUCGAUAUGAUCCUCUAUAUGAACCUUUUGACGCCUGGAACAACCAAUCAUUCUCUUAACAUGCAACGUGUCACUUCAAAUUACUAAGCCAUUCCAUGAAUCAUUUCUCUGCGUAGUUUACCUCACAUGAAUGCUCAACCUUCACUCGCAAACAGAAAAGAUUCAUUUUUUUCUCUUAGCACUUACUCUCGCACCAGUAUUAAGGGGCCUCUCGUACAUUAUCUUGACGUUGCCCUCUUAAACCUUUCCUCCGUCUACCCUAUUCUCAAUUACCAGCUGAGAAGCAACAGUAACUAUGCUUCCUCUUCCCUGCUUAUAUUCCUUCUUUCUUUGUUAUCUUCCUCCAGUGCGGUUUUCAAAUUUUACCAAUGUUCCUGUUGCUUACGUCCCAUCCAUUUGAUCGCUGGCCUCACUAGCAACACCCCAUCUCAUUCAUUACUUCCAAACUAUUUAUUCAGCACUGUCAGUAGAUAUUUAAUCUCAACCCAACCAACGGUACAGCCUAAAAUGUUACAUUUCUUCUCUUCCACUUUGCGAAUAUCUUGUAUAUCCGUUAGUUAGGCCUUUACUUCCGGUAAUAUGCUGGCUGAACCACGUGCUGAUUGUCUAUAGAGUAUUGUGAAGUGUAGGGUAUACAAAUAGCAACAGAUAUAGAUACACAGAAAGAUGGCUUUGCGGAGUGUGUUGCUGUUUAACUAAACAACAACACUAUAUUUAUAUAUAUGAAACGGAGAUUAACUUUACAAUGGAACAUGGAGAAAAGUAACUAAAACAACAACUUCGGACCUGUAGAAUACAAUUGAGUACGACCCCCUCCCACUAAAGAUCUUACAACUAGGAGUUGAACUGAAUGUCGGACAGAAUUGCAUAUAAAAAAGUUCAACAUAUUCCGACAAAGCAUUCAAGAUACGAAUGGAAGAUGAAGGACAGCUUUGUAUCUUGAAAAGAGAAUUUUAAAAAGAAGCCAAGAUUAUUCAACUGUGUACUUACUGUGAAGUUUCCCUGGUCCAUUGAAGAAAAUAUCGGCAUUGCUAUUUGAGUGAAAAUUUUUGGAUAUUUGUUUAUUGGAUAACUUUAUUUCUGCAACAUAAAUAUCAAUGUCACAGUAUUGUAAAUGUUAAAAUUUCUGUAAAAAAAGUACCAGAUUGAUGGAAAACAAACAGUUUGUUACAAAAAGACACUCACACAUCUGUGAAAUCUGUGGUAAAGCAUUCUCAAGGAAACAUCAUGUAACAAGACAUAAAGUGGUUCACACUGGGGAGAGACCAUAUAAUUGUGAAAUUUGUGGAACAGCAUUUUCAACUAAUAGUCACUUGAAUAGACACAAACUAAUUCACACGGGAGAUAAAUUGUACAGUUGUAAUUUCUGUGGUAAAGAAUUCUCAAGAUCUAGUCUAGACAGACAUAAAAUACUUCAUACUUACAGAAAUGCUGCUUCUUGUGAGAUUUGUGGAAAGGCAUUUUUACGUAAGAGCCGCUUUGAAAAUCAUAUGCUUAGUCACUUGGGAGUGAAACCAUUCCAGUGUAAUAUAUGUGGGUGGACUUUUACUGAAAAGAAUCACUUAACAAGACAUAAAUUGGUACAUACUGGAGAAAAACCAUAUCAAUGUGAAAUUUGUGAAAAGUCAUUUUCACGAAAAGAUAAGUUAAAUGAACAUAAACUGACACACUCUACAGAGCCAGCGUUCCAAUGUCCUAUUUGUGAUAAAACAUUUUCAACACGUGCUAGUUUAACUAGACAUGAAAUAUCUCAUACAAUUAAGAAACAAUACAAAUGUGAAACAUGCAACAAAGCAUUUUCACGUAAGGAGAAGCUCAAUAAACAUAAAUUGAAACAUUCUGUGGAGCCAGCAUUGUGAUGUAAUAUUUGUGAUAAAGUGUUCACAACUCAUAAAAGUUUAACCAGAUAUGAAAUAUUUCAUACAACUGAAACACAAUAAAUGUGAAUAAGUGCUAUUAAAGCUGAAUGAAAUCAUACACACUAAAAUUAGACCCUACAUCUGCAAUAUUUGUGACCUAUCAUUUGGACAUAGAGGGUUUAAGUCAGCAUAAUUUGGUUUGAAAGUAAAUUGUUUGAUGAUGAUGAUGAUGAUGUUGCCAACAACUUCUCCAAAAAGACUUAUGUCAUGCAAAUGUCAUCUUCAUGUGCAUAUUCAUUAUUUUAAUACUCAUGUGGAUUGGCAGGUUUCCAAAAAAACAUACUUUCAAGCAUUUCUGUUCUCUAUUUUGGUUAAGUUUAACUCUAAGCCCUGGUUUAUAUACCAAAUUCCAAUUUGCUGUUCUGGCUCCCUAUACUUGUUACAACUAAUCUUGUUGCAUUUUCAUAUUUCCACAUAUAUUAAUUACAUACAUAUAAGGCUCAGGCAUAUUUGUUUAAGAAAUUUACUUCAUAUCCACAUAGUUUUGGGUUCAAUGCUACUGUUCGUCACUUUGGAAAAGUUGUCUAUGUGGAACAGCGUGUCAAGUUGUGCCCCUUCGCAACAAAAGUUUUAAACUUGUAUAUUGGAUAAACAGAUAUUGAUAAAAUAAGUAUAAGAUUAUAAAAGUUAGUGGGAUUGAUAUGAUUAACAACACCUUGAUCUAUUGAAGUUUCCAUUUCCUCUCUGGUGCCUUAUUCUCUGCUCCCAUAAAGGAUUAAAGGUCCUUCUUGAGCCAUAGACACACAAGACUGGUUUCCUGAUUCUGUGGAGUAUAUAUUCCCCACUCUGGACAGGGCAUCAGUCAAUAGCAGGGUUACUCAUUUUCACCAACUGAGUGGACUGGAACAAUGUGAAAUGAAUCACCUGGUCCAGAAAUCAAAACCACAGUCUUACAGUCAUGAGUACAACACCCUAAUCACUUGACCAUGUGCCUCUACAUAUAUGUAUUAUAUGUGUUUGGUCUGGCAUUGAACUCAGAAGUCUAUUUCCUAAAUUCAACACACUCAUCCACUACUAUGCAAUGGACAAGUAAUACCAAUAUUUGUCAAGUUUUGUGAUGUUUUAGAUAUUUAAUUAGCCAUAGACAUAUUGAUCAAGCACUAAGUGCUAUGUUGGUAUUUGGCUGCGUUUUUGCUGCCAAGUUCCAAUGAUGUGUAAUUAAAAAUGUAGCCAUGUGUCUUGCUACCUCAAAAUAAUGAACUGUAGGGGAAUUAGCUAGUACUGUGAAUUUCAGAGUUACUACUAAUCAAACGCUAAUCCCACCCCCCAAUGGUUCUUCAGUUGUUUACAGAUCCAUUUUUAUGCUAUUUGUUUGCAUAUUGAAUCCUGAAGAGGAGACAACAUUUUAUAGU